CACCUGAUCCUGAACGCCCACCGACGUUUCGUCUACGUGCCGCCUUCUCAAAGGCACAGCGGAGGCCACCGUCGCACUGUCCACACUUUCCAUCGCAGAACAUCACCAUGGCUUCCACAUCCAUCUCCCCCUCCUUCGCAUCCCUUCUUCCUCUUUCUUCUCCCUGUUUCCCAACCGUAUCCACCCGCCGCCCUCCCAUGCCCCAUUGCCGUCCGCUCCUCGUCGGAAGAAAACCCCAUCCCGUCUCCGCAUCCUCUCCCAAGAACAACCCGGACAACACCACCACCAACGGCUCUUGGGUCAGCCCCGACUGGCUGACCUCCCUCGUGCGCUCCCUCGCCCUCGGCCGCGGCGACGAUUCUGGCAUUCCCGUCGCCAACGCCAAGCUGGAGGACGUAUCCGACCUCCUCGGAGGCGCCCUCUUCCUGCCCCUCUUCAAGUUGAUGCUCAAGUACGGUCCCGUCUACCGCCUCGCCGCCGGCCCCCGUGACUUCGUGGUCGUCAGUGACCCCGCCAUCGCAAAGCACGUCCUCCGCAACUACGGAAAGUACGCCAAGGGUCUCGUCUCUGAGGUCUCCGAGUUCCUCUUUGGCUCUGGCUUCGCCGUGGCCGAAGGUCCCCUUUGGAUGGUAAGGCGCCGUGCAGUUGCCCCAUCUCUCCACAAGAAGUAUUUAUCUAUAAUGGUUGAUAAAGUUUUCUGUAGAUGUGCUCAAAGAUUAGUGAGCAAGCUUCAAACCUAUGCCAAAAAUGGUGAAGCAGUGAACAUGGAGGAAAACUUUUCUCAAUUAACAUUAGAUGUCAUAGGCAUGUCAUUGUUCAACUACAAUUUUGACUCGCUUACAUCAGAUAGUCCAGUUAUCGAUGCAGUUUACACUGCAUUAAAAGAGGCAGAGGCCCGCUCCACUGACAUCUUGCCAUACUGGAAGAUCUCUUUUCUAUGCAAGAUCAUACCCAGACAGGUAAAAGCUGAGAGAGCAGUUUCUGUAAUCCGAAACACUGUUGAAGAACUCAUUACAAAAUGCAAAGAGAUUGUAGAAGCUGAAGGUGAACAGAUUGAAGGAGAAGAGUAUGUAAAUGAGACAGACCCUAGCAUCCUUCGCUUUCUAUUAGCCAGCCGUGAAGAGGUUACAAGUGUACAACUGCGUGAUGACCUUUUAUCUAUGUUGGUUGCUGGCCAUGAAACAACAGGAUCAGUAUUGACAUGGACUCUUUAUCUUUUAAGUAAGGAUUUCUCAUCUCUGAAGAGGGCAAGACAAGAGGUUGACAAUGUUCUACAAGGAAGACUUCCUAGAUAUGAAGAUGUGAAAGAGCUGAAAUACUUGAUGAGAUGCAUACAUGAAUCAUUGCGACUUUACCCUCACCCUCCAGUGUUGAUAAGGCGUGCUCAAGUUGAUGAUGUGCUUCCUGGAGAUUAUAAGGUCAAUGCUGGUCAAGAUAUAAUGAUAUCCGUGUAUAAUAUACACCGGUCACCACAGGUUUGGGAGAAGGCAGAAGAAUUUUGUCCAGAAAGAUUCAAUUUAGAAGGACCAAUUCCAAAUGAGACAAAUACUGAUUUCAGAUUUAUCCCUUUCAGUGGAGGACCACGUAAGUGUGUUGGUGAUCAAUUUGCUUUGCUGGAAGCAAUCGUGGCUCUUGCCAUCUUCCUGCAACAUAUGGAGUUUGAACUUGUUGCUGAUCAAAAGAUUAGCAUGACAACUGGAGCAACUAUUCAUACAACUAAUGGCUUGUAUAUGACGCUAAGUCCAAGGAAAAAGCAGCAUGAUCAUGGUCCAUCCUUGAGAUGUAGCGUGUCAGGUUGAUGGCUUAAGCAUGGGAUUGAGGCUGGAAGACGGUACUCAGAAGUACUGGUCAACUCAUGAAGAAUUCCAAUAUGCUAUGCUCAAAUGUGGAAGCACACCAACACAUUUUUUUGCCGGACAACAUUGUCUGGUUCAACCAUUGAGCUCAACUCACAUGCAAAGAUACUAAAAUACCUGUAUGCUGAACCUACCAUUCUCAACCUUAUGUUAUUUCUUUCUGUAAUGUGCAUGGUCUGUGAUGUGAAGAGGAUGAAUAAUUGAUGUGAAGGUUUUGGUAGUUUUGACUCUA